GUGUUAUCUUCGCAAGAAAUUUCAGCACUCACCAAAAAUGGAACCAUAGAGAAAAUCUCGGAGUCACCUGCUUGGGUCACAUAAAUUCCCAACUCUCUAACCCAGGCGUUUGGCUGUGUUUCUUCUCCACUUUCCUUAUACCGGCUUUCUCUGACGAGAUCUUCUUCUAGACUGACAAUCAAAGGCAACAAAAACCAUUUCUCGUGUCUAAUUUGGCGAAAGCAAAACCUAGGUGUAAAUCAAGAUGACACCUGUUUGUCCCUUCACUAAGGCUACUCGUCCUGAUGAUACUUCUGCCAAGAAACCCAGUGAAAAUCAAAAUAAAGCACAAGCAGGCAGUGACAGCAAGCCUAAGCAAGAGUCAACAAUUUCUCCUAAGUGUCCCUUUGGAUUCGAUUCUCAAACAUUUAAGUUAGGCCCUCUCAGCUGUAUGAUUUGUCAAGCACUUCUCUUCGAAUGUAGCAAAUGUGUGCCCUGUUCUCAUGUAUAUUGCAGAGUGUGUAUAUCACGCUUUAAGGAUUGCCCAUUAUGUGGUGCUGAUGUUGAGAAGAUUGAGGAUGAUCCAGAUCUUCAGGGUGUUGUUGACCGCUUCAUUGAAGGCCAUGGAAGGAUCAAGAGGGCUCAAACAAAUACUGAGGAGGAAGCGGAAGGUGAGAAGAAAACGGUGAUAUAUGAAGAUGUGUCACUUGAGCGAGGUUCUUUCUUGGUGCAGCAAGCCAUGAGGGCACUUCGUGCCAAUAACAUAGAAAGUGCGAAAUCAAGGCUUAAUGUAUGUGUCGAAGAUGUUAAAGAACAAUUGGAAACGAUGGGGCACACUCCUGAAUUGUGCUCGCAGCUUGGCGCUGUUCUGGGAAUGCUUGGUGAUUGCUGUCGAGCAACUGCAGAUUCUAGUUCUGCAAUUGCUUAUUUUGAGGAGAGCGUCAAUUUUCUUAUGAAAGUGCCCAAGGAUGAUCUUGAGAUAACACAUACCCUUUCAGUUUCACUAAAUAAAAUUGGUGAUUUAAAAUAUUAUGAUGGGGAUUUGCAAGCUGCAAGGUCAUAUUAUUCUCAGGCUUUGGAUGUUCGCCGCGAUGCAAUGAAGCAUAAUUCAUCUGUUCCAUCUCAGAUUUUAGAUAUAUCUACGUCCCUUGCAAAAGUUGCUGAUGUGGAUAGAAAUCUUGCAAACGAGGAUGCAGCAGUUAGUGGAUUCAAGGAGGCCAUUAAAAUGUUAGAAUCUUUAACUAUAGAUGAUCAAGAGGUUGGCCUUGAACAACGGCGUCAAUCAGUGCUCAAGUUCGUCAACAGUCAACUUGAGAAGAAAUAAAAGUUUUGAUUUUCUCUAGUGGAUAUCACUCUGAGAAUGUGAGAAGGAUAAAUCAUGAAGCCGUAUGCUGUUAGUUCUGCUGCUGGAUCGCGUCGAAUGUUUGGUCAAGAGAGGUCCAUUAGAGAAUUUGUUUCACGUGUAAAUGAAUAAAUAAGUAAUAGCGUAGUCAACGUGUAAUGCCACUUUACCAAUGUUUGCAACUCUGGUUACGGCUCUGUAAUUUCUAGGAGGCUGCAGUAAUAGUUUGCUUUGCCGAAUAAGUUAUUCUAAGGACUCGAACUUGAUUUCUGUGAGAUAGAAGUGAUUAUGAUGAUGAAAUGAGUUGUAAUUUCUGUAUUGUGGAUAAUUCUGUUCUGAACUUGUAUCUUUGCUUCUCUUCGAAAGUUGGUUUGAUAAAUUGCUUGGUUGCUGAA